GAUGCACACCGGUUGACUGGUGAAAAGACCUUCAAACCGUGCAGACGCUCUGUGUUGGUGGAGCGCUUCAGUUGUGUACCGUGUGCCGUGUGUAGUGUUUACGCUCUAGGACAUUCUAUGUUUGUUUUGUCUGGUGAAACAAGGGUGACAAAUUGUGCCAUACCGUACUGAACACAAAUGUACCACAAAGGACUUCUUAUUGCAUUUUUGUGAAAAAAAAACGAAAGGCCGUACCGGAGCCCUCUUCUUCUGUUCCCUGCUCUGCCCGCACAAUUUACACAUUGCUGCGGGUGAAAAUGUUGCUGCCCAAGCAUUUUCUAAUGGCGAUACUCGCCUCGGCCAGCAUCGGUUUGGCAUCCUGCUAUAAGGACUCGCUGCACGCCUACGCGCCAGAAUACGCCCAUCCUGCCUACUCUUUCAGCUACGGCGUCAAAGAUCUGCACAGUGGCGACGUAAAGUCGCAGUGGGAAACGCGUGACGAUGGCAUCGUGAAGGGCCACUACAGUGUCGUCGAACCGGACGGCUCGAUACGUGAGGUAGACUAUACGGCCGAUUCCAAAACCGGCUUCAAUGCGGUCGUAAAAACCCACGGCCCAAACGCUCAUCCCGUGCGGGAUCCUCACGAUCAGCACGAGCACAAAACGCACUACUACGACGAGCAUCACUCGCAGUCGAAGAUUAACCACUUCAGCAAAGGCCAGGAUCAUCUCAUUCUGAGCUCGGAUCUACCGCACCACGAGAAAGACAUCGCCGAGAUCGGCGAGAAGAAGCGUCCCAUCCCUUCGAUCCUGGAGCUGAAGCCACACGUCAACCUCGAGAAGCCGCUGGUGGCGUACAAACACUACGAACCGCCGAAAACGAUCUUCCAGCACUACUCGCAUGACGAGCUGAAGCCGCACUACGUCACGGUGGAGACGGAACACAGCCACAAGCACUACGUGUCCGACUCGGCCGACUUCUUCUCCGAGCAGCUGGACUCCGACAAGGACCUGUUCAAGCCGAGCAUUCGCAUCGAGGAAGUGAAAGCGCCGGGCCUAUCCAAACUGAAGCCCAUCUCGCCCGAUGUUGAUUUUUCGCAUCUUUCCGAAAGCGAUCUCGGCCCAUACUACACCAAAGACAGCUACCGACCGUUCGCACAGUACAACAAUCACGUGUCGCACCCAGUCACGCUGCAAAAGGCGAAAGUGCACGCCAUCCAAGUGGACAGCAAACCGAAGAAGAAUCUGUUGAAGCCGCUGACGACGCCGGGCCUGAAGAACUUUGCCACCCCGUCGGUGUACAAGUUUGCUGCCCGUGGACCGGCGCGGCCCGACUACGCAAGCUACUUCAAGUCGAAAGGAAGCCGCCAGGCCCGCACCGGUCCGGUACUGUUCCAUCCCGAUGAGCAGAAGCGUGCGUCGCAGCGAAUGGUACAGUCGAUGCUGUCACGUCAGCACUCGCGAAACGUGCCCGUGUACGCGAAGAACUAUGCCUGAACUAUGCUGGAGGGAACAAAACGGGAAGGCGUAUAGUGCAAUAGAAGCCCGGACUGCAUCUGCUCUGUUGGUGUUUAUCGUCGGAAGGGUGCGUGAAUGUCCACGUACAUCAGUGAUACACUAAUUUAACUGCAAACAAUAGGGAGUGGAACAGUUGCACGAACCAACAGAGUUUGAGCAGGUUGAUGGGCUACGUUUAGAAUGUUAAUAUUGUUAUCUAUUUAAUAAAUGUCAAUUUUAGAGUAAAGGAUCUAUUUCUACUUGUUUGGAGAGCAGACUUGUCUUAUAGAUGUUGAUAAACGCAA